AUGCUGGUUCUCUUAAUUUCCACCGUUCUCGUUGCAUCGCUUCCAAGACUCGUACAGGGGCAGACUUGCGAAAACUAUGGAUUCAUCAAUGGCUCGAGCUGCGCGUGUCCGACGGGCUUUGGAGGCUCGGAUUGCGCGCAACCGGCAUGCGGUGGGGACUUGUUCCAAGGCUCGAGAAGGCCCGUAGCUUCGCCCCAGCCGGGGUCGUCGUUCGCCAACCUUACCACUGUUGGAUGCUCCUGUGAGAGCGGGUGGACUGGCACGACGUGCAGCGUUUGCCAGACUUCCGAUGCCUGCUUGACCGCCUUCAAUGCGGCGACUGGAUCAUCCAAUGCGAUACCAGGGAUGACUGGCCUCAACAAUACGAUGGUAUGCAGCAACUCGGCGAGGGUAUGGGCUGCUGGACAGAUGAGUUGUCAAGUAAAUAACCCUACGCUCCAAGCUAUCUACCCUUUAACCUCGACUCUGAACAUCAUUCGCACUCUCCAACCCGACCUCUCCCCUCAGCCGAAUGUAUCCUCAUUUGGCGGCGCUGGCUCGCUUUAUGCCCAGCUAUUCUAUGCCGGGGUUGAGCAGUUCUAUUGCCGAGCAGAUUCCUGUGCUCAAGAGCUAGACGGCGAGGGCGCGAUGUGGACGUGCCAAAAUCUGCAAUGCACUUGCCGCCCAAAUACUUCCUUCUGCGGUGCUGUCCCAGCAACGAAUUUGACGGCUGUGAUCAAUGACCUUGGCGGCACGCUUACUGUCUCAUGUGCUCCUCCCAGCAGCGAUACGCGUGCGACUAGUUGUUCCUUCGGCCAAUCGACGCUGCAGGCACUUUUUGGUUCCGGCGGGUUACCCUUGGAUGGCUGUACCUUCGGCGAAUGCGUGCGACAAAGCGUGAUCGAUACCAACGGCAAUUCCACUUCCAUCUCAGCGGUCCACGGAGGGUCCCAGCUUAGCGGUGGCGUCAUCGCAGGGCUUGCCGUAGUUGGGGGACUCCUGUUUUUAGCCCUCUCGUUGUUGGCCCUGGGUUUUUGGAAGCAGAGAUUAGCCAAGCUCUGCGGCCCCAAGAACAUAAGCGUCGGAGGCAUCGCCGUCGAAUGGGAUGAUGUGAGCUACACCAUCUCCCCGACUAGCCAAUUCUUGGGUAAAAUAUUCCAUCAAUCGGAACACGAUGACAAGGUCGUCCUUGAUUCUGUUAGUGGGAGGGUCCUUCCGGGGCAGAUGAUGGCGAUUCUGGGGCCAAGUGGUGCUGGCAAGACAACCCUCGUCGAGAUACUUGCCGGGAAAAACAAAUCGGGCGUUAUGUCCGGUACGGUCUCUUUCCCCGUCGUCUCUUCAUCCGAUCGGACGACACCUCGUAUCGGAUUUGUUCCACAGCAAGAUAUUCUCCCGCCGACCUUGACAGUUUACGAAGCACUGCUAUUUGGCGCUCGACUCCGCCUUCCCGAGAGUGUACCAGAAUGGGAGAAGCGCGAAAGAAUCGAGCGUAUCCUAGCGAAACUUGGAAUCGAAAACAUCAGGAACUCACGGAUUGGGCAUGGUGCAGAAGCAGGAGGUGGUAAAGCUAGAGGAAUUAGUGGGGGGGAAAUGAGGAGAGUUAGCAUUGGCCUCGAGCUUAUAGCCAGUCCCGACAUCCUUAUUCUCGACGAACCUACCUCCGGUCUGGAUUCAGUAUCUGCUGCUAAAGUUGCUAAUGCUCUUCACGCUAUCGCUCACGACCCCGAGCAUCCCACCGCCGUUUUGGCAUCCAUUCAUCAACCUAGUUCUAAGCUGUACCAGACCUUUGAUUCUAUCCUUCUCCUAUCGUACGGUCGGGCCCUAUACUCGGGUCCAGGUCGUUCUGCCCCCGCGACGCACUUCGCCUCUCACGCUGCUACCUUGAACGUUCCCACAUGCCCACCGGAUUACAACACCGCCGACUACCUUCUCGAAGUUGCCAGUGAUCCCCCAGUGGGACUUUUCCAGGUUAACAAUACACAGUCAAUCAUCUCCCAAAUCCAGAGCAUUGGGGAUGAUGCAGGCGGGAUGCGCCCGUUGCUAGAUCCGCAACAGUCAACAACUCCAGUGAACGAGAAGACACAUUACACGGACGUCGUUACUGAACGAACGAAACCCGUUCAUCGACCUACUUCUCAUGGUAUCGCCAGAAGUACGAGAGGGUGGCGCAGUGGCCUUCAAAGCCCGCAAUACGCGACAACAUUCUUGACUCAGCUAGAAAUCCUAUGCGGCCGCGAGAUGAAGAUUUUACGCAGAGAUUAUACUUUGUUUUUCACCCAUAUAGCCGUAGCAUCGGUGCUCGGUGUGUUCUGCGGUGGCCUUUACUUUCAAACCGGCAUUACCAUUGCUGGAUUCCAGUCUCGAGUUGGCUGUCUCUUUUUCUUGGGCGCACUAAUCGCUUUCUCUUCCUUGAGCGCCUUGUAUAAUGUCGUAGAGACCAGGCCACUCUUCUUGCGCGAGCGCUCGAGCUCCUACUAUAGCCCUUCUGCGUGGCUCCUCUCCCGGUUCCUGUUUGACGUCAUUCCUUUGCGUAUAAUACCUACUAUCAUUGUAUCAACUAUCACAUACUGGAUGGCAGGACUUGCUCCCGAUGCUGAACAUUUCUUCAAAUUCCUGUUUAUCCUAGUCCUCUAUACUUUGGCGAUGACACUAUAUAAUUUCCUCCUUGGAACUCUAUUCCGUAAUGGAGGCAUCGCCAUACUUUUAUCUGCGCUUUCUGCGCUGUACCAGAUGACGUUCGCAGGCUUCUUCGUCCAUCUCAACGACAUACCCCCGGUCCUACGGUGGCUUCAAUGGCUCUGCCCGUUGAAAUACACAUUGGAAGCCUUGUCAGUCAACGAAGUUGGUGCGGGAUUGAUGAUUCAGGAUACCCUCGAGGGCGUCCCUGUCAAUGUCUCAGCAAGUCUGAUCAUGAACAUGCUCUUCGGAUUUGGGUCGAACAAUUAUUAUCGAGAUGUCCUGGUCUUGUUUGGUUUCAUCGCGGGUUUUGGCGUCGGGGUAAUUGCAGUGGUGUGGAUCAAGGAUGCUGAAGCGGCUAUUCAUUUGGUUCCCCAUAUUUGGGAACAGACCUCCCGUUCAAGGGAUAUUAACUCUCUUGCGGACGCGUCAUCGCAGGUAACAGCUUCAGUCUUGGCUGGGAAACAUGAGUUGGAGAAAUGGACGCAUGCCGGAAAGGAAUAUAUCAAACAGAGUGGCCUUCUAUACGAACUUGUUUCGCACCCGAAGUUCGACGACUAUCAGCUACGCGUGACCAAGCCCAAGCUUUGCGAUCCUUCGGUCCAACAAUAUUCGGGCUACCUUGACAUUGCUGAAGAGAAGCAUCUCUUCUUCUGGUUCUUCGAAGCGCGUAAUUCUCCAAAGACGGCACCACUUAUCUUAUGGCUGAACGGAGGUCCCGGAUGUAGCUCAUCAACUGGGCUGCUAUUUGAAUUAGGGCCAUGUUCGAUCGCCGACUCUGGUCGCAACACGACCCACAACCCCAACAGCUGGAACACCGACGCCAACAUCAUCUUCCUCGAUCAACCAGUCAACGUUGGCUUCUCCUAUACCGACGAUGGGUCCAAGGUGAACAACAGCCCUGCAGCUGGAAAGGACGUCUAUGCCUUCCUUGAGUUAUUCUUGCACCAGUUCCCGGGGUAUGCGAAUCUGCCAUUCCAUCUUGCCGCGGAAAGCUAUGGCGGCACGUAUGCCCCAAAUAUUGCUAGGGUAAUCCACGAACAGAAUAAGCAGCUCAGUCACGUGCGUGUCAAUGAGGGUGUGCGGCGGAUCAAUCUUGCAUCGAUUAUCCUAGCGAACGGCCUCACGGACCCGUAUACUCAGAUGGGUUCUGUCGCGGACUACCUGUGCGACGGGCCAUAUCCUGUGUACAGCGAUGCCAAUGGGCCUGAAUGCCAGUCUCUCCGAUCGAAGAUCCCAACCUGUCAACGUCUUAUCAAGAGCUGCUACCAGUUCAAUUCGAGGUUCACCUGUGUCCCUGCUCAAUUAUACUGCAACACGCAGCUCUUCGCUCCGUUCAUGCAACUCGGUCUAAAUCCCUAUGACGUUCGUGUCCCAUGUGAUCGUUCCAAGGAUGGUCAGCUUUGCUACAAGCAGAUGAAUUGGAUCGAAACAUACAUGAACGAUCCUGCGCACAAGGUCGAACUAGGUGUCAACCCUUCACUCCAGUUCGAGUCAUGCAACAUGGAAGUCAACCAGGCGUUCACUGGGCAGGGCGAUGGCAUGCACAACAGUGCUCUCCUCUUGACCGAUCUUGUCAAUGACGGAGUAAGACUCCUUGUAUACGCGGGCAAUGCUGACGCCAUGUGUAACUUCAUCGGGAACGAACGGUGGGUCGAACUACUGGAUAGUAAAUUCAACGGCGAGUUUGUCGCCGCGAAACCGUUGCCCUGGAUUGCAAAGGCUACCGGAAAACAGGCCGGUCAAGUGAGGAGUGCUGGUGGCUCCGGCUUCACUGCAGGCAACGUAACCUUCGUGACCGUAUUUGAAGCUGGGCAUAUGGUGCCUUAUGAUCAAGCUGAAGCUGCCCUGGAUUUGAUUACUCGCUGGACGGCGAACGUUCCAUUGAGUCUUCAUUAA